AAGAGAGGGGGAGAGAAAGAAAGCAGGAAAGAACUAACAGGGAGAGUGGAAACAAGAGAGGAAGAGAAAGCAGUUUGUUUUGCAGCGACACGAACUGAAGCAAUUGGUCGUGAGACUGGUGGCUGUGAUCCGACUUGUUGUUGGGGUUAGUUGAGUUGAGUGGGGCAGUCGUGUGGGUUGUGGUGAUCAGAGCCCCGCUGCUUGCUGCCUGCAGGCGCUGCUGUCUCCCCGGACAGGGUGGUCGCCGUGUGGGCUGGCGAGGCGACCCUGACCCCCUGCCUCCAUGGAGAACAUCAACUUGCUGUGGAUCCUCCUCACCCCGUUCCUGCACUCCGCCUGCGGAUUUGAUCUUGCUCGCGUGCCAACACUAGCAGAAGGCUCCCGGGACAUGGCGGAAACCAGAAGCGAUGCUUUGAAAGCAGCAGAGGUUGGAGAAAAGAUCCAAUUCAAGCCUGCGGCCACCAGGAUUGUAGUAUCUCAGGGUAACCCUGUGAGCUUCAACUGUUCCAUCGCCGCACCUGGAUAUGAACAGGAUCUGCGCAUCAAGUGGCUGAAGAAUGGCCACGAGCUCAUCGAUGGUGAACGCUACUCGUUCAAAGAUAUUUCUUUCAGUGACAGUGAAGGGAGAUCAACCAUCACCAGCUCCUGCAGAAUCGAUAACGUUGUCCACUCUGAUGCAGGUGCCUUUCACUGUUUUAUACAAAUCACCGGGGUAUCCAUUGAAUCAGAAAAGAUCAUUCUUGAAAUAGAAGGUUUGCCAAGCUUUAUCCGAGAGCCUGAAUCAAGGAACGUUUCGAGAAAUGGCAGCUUUAAUCUCACCUGUGAAGCAGUGGGACCACCAUACCCUGUGCACAUAUACUGGUUGCAGGAUGGUGUCCUGAUCAGUACCAAGGCUGACGAUGCCUCUCCUUCUGUUCUCAAAGUAGCAGGCAUCGAUAAACAGACGAGAUAUAGCUGUGAAGCUCGCAAUGAGAAAGGAGUCACGGUGUCGAGGAAAGCCCAGGUCAAUGUCAAAGAGGCCCCACAUCCACCGGUCGAGCUGUUGAUUCAGAACCAGACUGCUCACAUGGUUGUAGUCUCGUGGCACCCUGGCUUCAAUGGAUACUCCCUUCUCAACCGCUGCCGAAUCCAGGUUACAAGAGGUGAUGACAAUGUGACUGUCCACCAUACUAUCGUUCCACCACAUGAAUACAGGAUCCUGGAGCUACAUUGCCUGACCUCCUACACCGUCCGUGUUGCCUGCAAGAAUGAAGUUGGAUGGUCUGCCUACUCCUCCACAAUCCAGGCUAGGACUACAGAAGGAGUCCCGACAGCACCUCCUCGUAAUGUAAGUGUCCGUAAGAACAGUACCUGGUUAACUGUGGACUGGGCGGCACCUGCGGCUGAGGAAGUGAAUGGUAUCCUGCUGGGUUACAUGUUGAGCUACGCCUGGGAAGGUGGAAAAUCCCCUGUUAUAAAACAACUUGUACAAGAUGACGGGCAGGUCUACACUAUUCAUGUCGUGGCAACUAAUGUUACGUACAAGGUACAAGUGGCUGCAUUCACCAAAACGGGAGUUGGACCGUACAGCAAACCACUGCAUGUGUUCAUUGCAAGUCAUGAUGAGAUGGUUCUGCCAUUCUCCACUGCUACUGCUGCCGGUGACCGUAAAGAUGAUCAUUCGAUGACCGUCCUGAUUGGAAUAAUUUGCGUCAGUGGCAUAAUUAUCAUUGCUGCAAUCUUGUACACCGCGGUCAAAAGACGAGAGAAGGAGACACGCUUUGGGAAUGUAUUCAGCGAUGGAGAUGACACAGAGCCGACUGUUCACUACACCGUGAAGAAAACCUAUCUCCGACGCACGUUUGACCUAACACUGGAUCACCUGGGAAUCCGGGAAGAGCUGAAAGAGAAGCUGCAGGAUGUGAUGACUGACAGGACUCUGCUGGUUCUGGGCAAGGUUCUAGGUGAAGGUGAAUUUGGAUCUGUAAUGGAGGGACAUCUUAAACAGGCGGAUGGCAGCAGUCAUAAAGUUGCUGUCAAGACUAUGAAGUUGGAUGACUUCUCACUGAGGGAAAUUGAAGAAUUCUUGAGUGAAGCAGCCUGCAUGAAAGAUUUUGAUCAUCCAAAUGUCAUUAAACUACUAGGUGUGUGUUUGGAGCUGGGCUCCAGGCAGCAGAUGGCAAAGCCCAUGGUCAUCCUUCCCUUCAUGAAAUAUGGCGACUUACACAGUUUCCUGCUGCGCACCAGGCUGGAAACAAACGAGGAGUUCAUUCCACUGCAGACUUUGCUGAAGUUCAUGGUGGAUAUCUCCAGUGGCAUGGAAUACCUGAGCAACAGAAGCUUCCUACACCGGGAUCUUGCGGCCCGGAAUUGCAUGUUACAGAUGGAUAUGACGGUGUGUGUGGCUGACUUUGGCUUGUCCAAGAAAAUCUACAGCGGGGACUAUUACAGACAAGGCCGUAUUGCCAAGAUGCCAGUGAAAUGGAUCGCCCUCGAGAGCCUAGCCGAUCGAGUUUUCACAGUCAAAAGCGACGUGUGGGCAUUUGGAAUCACAAUGUGGGAGAUUGUCACCCGGGGGAUGACGCCUUACCCAGGGAUCCAGAACCAUGAAAUCUAUGAGUACCUGCAAGCAAAUCACAGGUUGAAGCAGCCUUCAGAUUGCCUGGAUGAAGUGUACGAGGUUAUGUACUCGUGUUGGCGGCAGGACCCUGUGGACAGACCCAACUUCUCCGAUCUGAAAGCCAUCCUCUCUAACAUCGUCGACGGUUUGCCCAGAGUUCAGGGCAAGGAGGACAUCAUUUAUGUCAACACAGGGCUGGAGCCAGCCCAGAGGCUGAUGAUCCAGGACACCUUUGGCUUUUCCGAUAUAGACUUGAGUGACCCAACGGAGGUGGCGUCCUGCAGCCUGGCGUGCGGUGAAGCGACGGUCACCGUGGAGGUUCACCAGACCACAGAGCGGCACAAUCGGUACGUUGCCUCCGAGCAGCUAGUGAACGUAGCCGACGUAGACACGCCUUUGUUGCCCCGUGCCCGCGAUGGUGACGGGGACACGUUUCCACCAGCCAAACCCAACUCUGGCGACAUUCCGUUUGCCGACGAUUCUUCUGAAGACUCCGUGGUGUUGGUGUGAGGGAGAAGGAUACCGCUCGUGUCGCUUGGCAUCAAAGACAGCAGAUGCUGGAAGCAGUCGGCUGCAGCAACUCCACGGGUCAGGCAGCAAAGUAUGGAGUUAAGAGCAGAAUGGAAAUGGAUGACUUUAGACGUGGCCACAAUUUCAACAUAUGCCGAGCACAAAUAAAUGGUUGACGUUACCGGGGCCAAGAUUAAUAUUCUAUUGAUUGUAUAUUGAAUGUCAAGCCGAGGUAGGAUUGUCACUUGAAGCUUUGAUUGUUUCUUUUUGGACACUGCCGGACCCGACACAGACACAAACUGCUGGGACAACUCAAUGGGCCGGGCAGCAUCUGUGGAGGCGGAGACGGAUGGUCAACGUCAUGGGACUCCAGUAGUUCGUCCCGAAUUCCUCCAGCCGCUCACUUUUUCUUUUCCGCUCACAAAUUUAGUUGUAAUAAAUAUUUGUCAGCGGACGGACCCAAGAGCUGCCAGACCAAGUAUUUGUAACUAUCUAUUUUAAUGGAAAGCACAUCAGCGAAUGGUACUGCUAUUAAUUCAAGUGUGUGCUUUUAAUCAGUUGCCAGUUAGGCUGAGAACAAUGGCUUCGACAAUCCAGCGCUUGUAUCUUGGCUUAAUGAUAAAUCAGGGAUCAUUUUGAAGGUUUGUAUUUUUAUACGUGUUUGCUUGUCGUUCUGAGGAUUUUUGGGGCAUUAAAAUGACUGAUGGAAUCCACAA